AUGAGAGUACGUUUCCAUAAUACCAAUAAUAAACUUGUUUCAAAAUGGAAAAAACAUGGAGCAAGUUCAUCUAAUCCAUCUCGAACAAAACAUCGAGAUGCUGCUAAACUUCAACUUCUAGCAUCAUUACCAUCAUCGAAACAAUCAUUAGUUGAUAUUCAACCUUCAACAUCAAUAAAACAUGAGAUUGAUCGAAUAUCACAAUUUUCUAAGACAACAUUAGGAACAAGAGCAACGAAUGCAUCAAUGAUUCAAGUUAAUGCACGUGUUAUACAAACAUUACUCGAUCGUCAACCAGCUAAAAAUGAUCAACAACAAAUGAUUACUUGGUUAGAUGGUAUUUGUCGAGCAUAUUGUGCUUUUCAUCGUUCAGAUUCAGUGACAUGUCUUGGAUAUAUUUCAAAAUUAUUUGAAAUAUGUAUCAAUGAAUGUCUUCUUUCUGUUUAUAAACGCGUACAAACAAAAGCUACAACUGUUCUCAAAACAAUAAUAAAAACAAUAUUAAUACCUCAAAUUGAUACUUUACGUUCAAAUCCAUUAUUAAAACAAUUAUUUCAACUUGUUGAACAUGGUUUAACAUAUGCAUAUACAUUAUCAUGGAAUUGUGUUCUUCAUUUACUUGGUGCUAUGUUUUCAUUAAUGGGAAAAACUUAUUUUGAAUUGUGUCAAAAUUGUUUAUCAUCGUUAUCUGGUCUUCGUUCAACAAAAGAUUUUUCAUUUUUAGCUGAAUUAGAUUCAACUGUUGGUAAAGCAAUUCAAGUAUUUGGACCAAAAAAUAUUUUACAAGUAAUACCAUUAAAUUUAACUGGUACAAUAAAAGAUGUUCAAUUAGAUCAAUCAUGGUUAUUACCAUUAUUACGAGAUAAUAUCACACAUACUGAAUUAAAUCAUUUUGUUGCCUAUUUUUUACCAAUUGCAUUUCAAUUACAAACAACUGCUGAAAAUCUUCGUGAAAAAGGUGAUUUAACAAAUUCAACAGUAUUAUCUACAUUACAAGAUCAAAUUUGGUCAUUAUUUCCUGCUUAUUGCUCACAUGCAACAGAUAUUUCAACAAGUUUUAAAUUAAUUGCUAAAGGUAUUGGUACAUCAUUAACAAAACGACCCGAUUUAAGAAUAUAUCUAUUGGCUGGCUUAAGAAAUCUUAUAUCGAAAACUGAAGAUGAAUCUGAACAACAAGAAAUUGGCAAAUAUGCAAAAAAUUAUUUACCACUUUUAUUUAAUUUAUAUACAAGUGAAAAAUGGAGUGCAUCACGUGAUGCAGUACGUGCAAGUGUAUUUGAAACAAUAAAACGUUAUUUGACAAUUACAGAUCAUACAUUAUGUCAAACAUUUUUUGAUAAAAGUUUAGAAAAAACACAAAAUACAGAAACUGAUCAAACAACAUUGAUGUAUUUGUUGGAUAUCAUUUUAGCAUUAGCACCUUAUUUGGAUGCACAACGUUUAGAAUUAUUAGAAAAUAAAUUAAAACAAUUAUUUGCAAUGAAAGACGGAAGUGUAAAAAGAAGUGUACUGAAAAAAGCUUAUCGAAUUUUGGAAGAAUUAUGUACACGUUCGACGUUAACUAUUCAACAGUUUAUUGAUGAACGUCGUUCAAAAUUAUUACUUGAACAUCUCCUUGCAUCACUAACAAAAUCUCAAUCAGCUUUGAAAGGACCACAAAUUCGUUGUAUUUCAAGUUUACUUGAUAUGCCAACUAAUCAAACAAUUCCAACGUUAAAACAAAUUAUACCACAAACUGUCCAAUGUCUUCAUGAAAUCAAUGGAAGAACAAGACAUGAUGCUUAUAUAAUUAUUAUUAAAUGUACACGUCUUUGGACAACACUUAGUGAAAAAUCAUUUAUUGAUUCAUUGACUGAUUUCUUUCAUUUUCUAAUGGCCGGUCUUAUUAGUCCACAUUCACCAUCAAUGUCAUCAGCAACUUUACUUGCUAUAAGUCGUUUAUGUCUUGAAUUUCGAGAGAAUUUAGCUGGAACCAUUGUUGAUGAACUUAUAUCAACAUUAAUACUUGUUCUUCAAUCAAAAGAAAGACAAGUUGUUCAAGCAGCUUUAAGUUUCUGUCGUGUUUUACUCAUUAUUGUUAAUGAAACGACUCUAUCAAAAUAUAUUGAACAAUUAGCUCAUUCAUUAACAAUCAUGCGUGAAGAAAAUAAUUUUACAUAUCGUUCAAAACUCAAAUUAAUUUUACAAAAAUUAAUCAAAAUAUUUGGGUUUGAAUCUUUACGUGAUCUCUUUCCAGCUAGUUUUCAUCCUCAAUUAUCUUAUAUAAAUAAGAUGCAUGUUCGUAAAGAACGUCGUCGUAAAGGUACAUCAACUAUUGGUCAAAGUGUUAUAACAAAAGUUGAUGAUGAAGAUGAAUAUGUUGAUGAUAAUGAAACAACAUUUACUGUUAAACCAAAACUUACUAUCGAUCAAUUACUUGAUGAUUCCGAUGAUGAUGAACAACAUCUUGGUAGAAUAGAUGAUGAUCGAACAAUUGCAACAGCACGAACAACAGCAAGUACAAAACGACGACGAGAAAAACAAUCAAAUUUAUGGAUUAAAGAAACUGAUGAUGGUAAUCCGAUUGAUUUAACUGAACCAACAGCAGCUAGAAAUAUCUAUGCAACAAAACCUUUAACAACACGUGAAACAGAAGCAAUGAAAAAAGCAGCAAGAAAUAAACGAAAUAAUUCAGGUUUUCGUACUGCACCUGAUGGUCGUAUUAUAAUCGAUGUUGAUGAUGAUGAAGGUAAUCAACAACAAGAACAAGAAUCUGAUGAUGGUGAUGAUUUAAAUCGAGAAGAUAUUAAAGAUUUAAUGGAAACAUUAUCAUUAAGUCAACGAGCAAAAAAUAAACGAAAACGUACUUUUGACAAUGAUGAUAAUGAUGAUGACGAUCACGAUGAUUAUCAAUAUAAUGAUAAACAAAGUCAAAGUGUUCAUUCAAAAUAUCGAGCCGGUGGUGGUGGUAUUCAUCGUCAAUUAAAUCAACCAGCAAAACAAAAACAACGACCAGGAGAUGCUUAUAAAACUAAACGUGGUACGGGUGGUGAUCGAAAAUUAGCCAAUAAACAUGAUCCAUAUGCUUAUAUCAAACUUGACUUUAAUGCUUUGAAUAAAAGAAAACGAGGUAAAUUCAAAGGUCAAUUUGAACAAAUCGUUGGCGCAGCUAAACGCGGUGCAAAUCGUGGUGCUAAAUUAGGCGCAAAAGAACGAUAUCAUAAAAAGAAUGUGAAACGUUUGAAAAAUUAA